CGAGCGCGCAAUUCAGUUCGCAUUUUGUUCUCGGGCGUGUUGGACGUUUUUAGUUGUGGGAGCGGACACCGGAACUUGAUUUCGUUUUAUCAUUCUAUGCUAGCGUGUGCAGGUGUUAGUGACUGUUAGUGUUAGCCAAUGCAAGCCAGCGCCCGUGUAUUGGUGGAGCAGCCAAUGCUGCUUGCAGUUCAAAAGGGCAGACAACAACAACGACCAGAAGGCAAAGCAGCUUCAAAAGCAAUAACACAACAAUACCUGGUGGAAAGCAACAAAAGAAGCAUUUAAGCCAACUCGUUCGUUUAUGUUUACGGUUCGUAAGUGUGUGAGUGUGUGUGUGUAUUUGUUCUUAUGAAUACGCAAACAAAUCAAACUAUAAUGGCCAUCGCAAGCUACGAGUAUUUGCCGUGUGUUCAAUACUCAAAUUCAAAUUUAGAUUCAUGCUAGAAAGUGUCGCGUGCGAAAGUGUAAAAUAAAAGCAGCAGCAACAGCGGCCGCGCAAUUUUUUAUGUAGCUGAAAACUAAAACCUGUUCUUGACGCCAAGUGCAAGUUACACAUACACACACAUACGCGCAAGCCAAUACGUGUAAAGAGAGCUAAAGGCAAUAAACAAAAACCUCAACGAGCACUACGACUUUGAAGUAAUUCCUUUGAACCACACACAUUCACAUCUAGAGAAAAGAAAAACUGCACUUCAUCGCCGAAAAUAUACAAAAAAAACCUCCAAUUCGAAAAAAAAAAAAACGAUCAUGGCUAUGACUUCUGCUGCUGUCUAUGCGUCAGCAAGCGCUAACAACGCGCACGUCACACAACAGCAGCAACAGCAAACAACAAAUCAACAGAGACAGCAACAGCGACUGAGCCGUGCGCGCACGAAAAGCGCAGCUCAAAUGACGUCGACGUACACGCUGCUGCUCAAGCGCGCCAAUUCAGCGCCCCAAUGGAUAUUUCUCUUCAUAUUAAUUUAUUUAGCAACAGAUGUUGCCUCGGUGGAAGUGCACACGAAGGAGGCAUAUUUCAAUGGGUCCGCUUAUCUGCGUCUGCAAACGCCCAUGCCCACCUGGGACCACUCUGCGAUCAGUUUCCGCUCGUGCCGCGGCGGUGAAAUACUCGCCCAGCAAUAUAACAAAAACUCAAUCGUAAUCUCAGUGCUCAACGAUUUCCUGCAAGUCUCCCUCGCCGGACCAGCCGUCAUCGGGCUGAACAAUCGCCUGGACGUCAGACUGCCCUACCAACUGUUGGACAAUCGCUGGCAUACGCUACAAUUCAAGUACGAGUACGGUAAUCUCUAUUUGCAUGUGGAUCGUGAGGCUAUUAUAUUUGCCAACUCGACGUACAACAGCCAGUUUCUCACCAAUCAGGACAUCGGCAACGAGUUGGCCAUACUGAUAUUGGGCAAUUCGUUCUCGGGCUGCCUGCUGGAUGGACCUGGACUGCAGUUCGUGAAUGCAUCCAAACAGAAUGCCGUAUUUGGAGUCUGCCCAUUAUCGUAUGGUCCGUGCAGUGAGCACGAAACAUUUACUCGGGCGCAGGACAACUAUUGUCUGAAUGAUCCCUGCAUGGGUCAUGGCACCUGUACUUCAAGUGCCGAUGGCUACGAAUGCCGCUGCACGGCACGGUACUCGGGCAAGAACUGUCAGAAGGACAAUGGCUCGCCGUGCGCCAAGAAUCCGUGCAAUAAUGGCGGCACCUGUCGCGAGAACUCACGCGGUGACUACCAAUGCGUCUGUCAUGCAAAUCAUAGUGGCGAACACUGUGAGACCGAGGUCAAUAUACAUCCGCUCUGCCAGUCGAAUCCGUGUUUAAAUAAUGGCGCGUGCGUUGUGCUGAGCGGCAGCUCCAGUCCCACCUGCGAGUGCCCUAAGGGCUAUACGGGCGCCCGUUGCGAAAUCGAUAUGGAUGAGUGCGCCUCACAGCCUUGCCAGAACAAUGGCAGCUGCAUCGAUAGCAUCAAUGGAUUCAGCUGCAACUGCAGCGGCACCGGCUACAUGGGCGCCUUCUGUCAGACGAACAUCGAUGAGUGCGAUGACAAUCCGUGCUUAAAUGGCGGGCGCUGCUUUGAUACAUACGGCGGCUACACCUGCCAGUGCCAGGAUGGCUGGCACGGCGAGAUCUGCGAGAAUCCCAUUAGCUGCCAGACGCAGCAGUGCCUCAAUGGCGGCACCUGUGUCGAUAAGGCCAUCGGCUUCCAGUGCAUCUGUGCGCCCGAAUAUAGCGGCGAGCUCUGCCAACUGGGUCCGAGCUGUGCCCAGCAGUGUCCCAUCGAUUCGGAGUGUGUUGGCGGCGUGUGUAUGUGUAAGCCAGGAACUUCGGGCCCCAUUGGUCAUUGCCUGCCAACAACAACAACACCGCUACCAGAACAAGCAACCACUGCAAGAACAACCCCAGCUAUUCCCACAACAAAUGUUGCAACAACAGCAACAUAUAUUACUACCACCAAAAAACCUUCAAUAACCAACACAACAAGAACAGCAACAACAACAACAGAAAGUAAACUAAACAAACAGCAACACCAACAACAACAACAACAACAAGCACAAACGCAACGCUCGGCCUCCCUGAAUGCAUGUCCCCAAGAAAAUUGCUUGAAUGGUGGCACCUGCCUAGGAUAUAGUAACAAUUAUACCUGUAUAUGUGCUAGUGGAUACACAGGUUACAACUGCCAGCAGAGCACGGGCGAUGGCGCCGCCGCUUUGGCCUUAACGCCCAUCAACUGCAACGCCACGAAUGGCAAGUGCCUGAAUGGAGGCACCUGUUCCAUGAAUGGCACCCAUUGUUACUGUGCCGUUGGCUACUCUGGCGAUCGCUGCGAGAAGACAGAGAACUGUUCGCCACUCAAUUGCCAGGAGCCAAUGGUCUGUGCUCAGAACCAAUGCAUUUGCCCAGAGAACAAGGUGUGCAAUCAGUGCGCCACACAACCCUGCCAGAAUGGCGGAGAGUGCCUUGACCUGCCCAAUGGGGACUUCGAGUGCAAGUGCCAGCGAGGCUGGACAGGGCGGAACUGUGCCAACGAUGUGGAUGAAUGCGUACUGCAGCCAAAAAUCUGCGGCAAUGGCAUUUGCAAAAAUGAGAAGGGCUCCUACAAGUGCUACUGUACGCCUGGAUUCACGGGCAUCCAUUGUGACUCCGAUGUAGAUGAAUGCCUCAGUCAUCCGUGCCUGCACGGCGCCACAUGCCACAACAAGUUGUUUUUCUUUAAAUAUGGAAAGCAUCGGAUAUUGAGACAAAUCAAUGCCUACGCGUGCGACUGCAAGCCUGGCUAUCAGGGGGAGAACUGCGAAAUUGAUAUUGACGAGUGCAUUAGCAAUCCGUGCUCGAAUGGCUCCACUUGUAUUGAUAUGAUUAACAAUUUCACGUGCUCCUGCAUACCGGGUAUGACGGGUCGCAUAUGUGACAUUGACAUCGAUGACUGCAUCUCGGCGCCCUGCCUCAACAAUGGCCUGUGCAUAGACGAGCUGGGUGGCUUCCAUUGCGACUGCGGCGGCACGGGAUACGAGGGCAAGAACUGUGAGCUGAAUAUUGAUGAAUGCGUAUCGAAUCCAUGCACGAAUGGCGCCAAGUGCAUAGAUCAGGUGAAGGACUAUUUCUGUGAGUGCCAUGCUGGCUACAAGGGAAAGAACUGUGAACAGGAUAUCAAUGAGUGCGAGAGCAAUCCCUGUCAAUACAACAGUAGCUGCUUGGAACGCUCCAAUGCCACCUUGUAUCAGCUAAGCAGGGUUAUGGACUUGCCACGUGUCUUCAGUCAGCCCUUCAGCUAUGAGAAUGCCAGCGGAUAUGAAUGUGUGUGCGUGCCAGGCAUCAUAGGCAAGAACUGUGAGAUCAAUAUAAAUGAAUGCGAGAGUAAUCCGUGCACCAAGCACGGCACCUGCAAUGAUGGAAUUGGUACCUACACCUGCGAAUGUGAUCCGGGCUUUGAGGGUACACACUGUGAGAUCAACAUUGAUGAAUGCGAUCGAUAUAAUCCCUGCCAGAAUGGCACCUGCAUUGAUGAGAUUAAUGACUACGAAUGCGACUGUGAUGCCAAUUUUGGUGGCAAGAAUUGCUCUGUACCGCUAAUUGGCUGCAUCAGUGGUCCCUGUUUAAAUAAUGGCACAUGUCGCCCAUUUUUAGUGAACGAAACGAUACACCUGUUCAACUGCUCAUGCGAGCACGGCUACCAGGGAGAAACCUGCGAGAAGACCACAACCUUGUCCAUGGUUGUCAGCAGUCUGAUAACGGUAAAGACGCAACGUGACGAGGGCUACGACAUUAAUUUGCAGUUCAAGACAACGCUGCCAAAUGGUGUUCUUGCCUUUGGAACCUCCGGUGGUCAGAACGGACCGGUUAGCUAUAUACUGGAACUGAUCAAUGGAAGGCUGAAUUUACAUUCAUCGCUGCUGAACAAAUGGGAGGGCGUUUUCAUUGGAUCCAAGCUGAAUGAUAGUAAUUGGCACAAAGUGUUUGUGGCCAUCAAUACGUCGCACUUGGUGCUUUCUGCCAAUGAUGAGCAGGCCAUCUUUCCCGUGGGUUCCUAUGAGACAGCCAACAAUAGCCAGCCCUUGUUCCCACUAACCUAUCUGGGCGGAACCAUACCCAAUUUAAAGUCAUAUCUAAACCAUCUGACGCAUCAGCCCACCAGCUAUGUGGGCUGCAUGCAGGAUGUCGUCGUCAAUGGCAAAUGGAUCUUUCCCGAUGAGCACAACGAGCCCGAUUUGGAUGAGAAUACCAAAUUGUCCUAUGUACAAAGCGGCUGUCCGCGCACGCAGCAAUGCAACCCAAAUCCGUGUCACUCCAAUGGCGAGUGCACAGAUCUUUGGCACACCUUCACCUGCCACUGUCCCAGGCCUUUCUUUGGACACACAUGCCAGCACAAUAUGACGGCAGCCACCUUUGGACAUGAGAAUACCACACACUCGGCUGUGAUUGUGGAGACGACAGAUGUAGCCAGACGCGCCAUACGCUCCAUUUUGGACAUAUCCAUGUUUAUACGAACGCGCGAACCAACGGGUCAGGUCUUCUACCUGGGAAGCGAUCCGCGCAAGAUGCCCACAAAGAACGUUGGCGACUCGUAUGUGUCUGCUAAGCUGCAUGGUGGUGAGUUGCUGGUGAAGAUGCUGUUUAAUGGCACGCCAGAGGCAUAUACGGUCGGUGCACAAAAGCUGGACAAUGGCUACAAUCAUCUCAUCGAGGUGGUGCGUAAUCAGACACUGGUGCAGGUCAAGCUCAAUGGUACCGAGUACUUCCGCAAGACGCUGUCGACGACGGGUCUGCUGGAUGCACAGGUGCUCUACUUGGGCGGGCCGGCGCCAACGCGCGAAUCUUUGCUGCCAGUUAGCACAGAGCCGGGCUUAGAUGAGAGCAGCGUGCCCGUAAGCGGCAACACGCCGUCCAAGGAGGCGGACGACAGCAAGGAUUACUUCAAGGGCAUAAUACAGGAUGUUAAAGUGAGCAAUGGUUCGCUCAAUAUGAUCGUCGAAAUGUAUCCACUGAAUGUGACCGAUGUAAAUGUGAACGCCAAGCCCUUUGGAGCGGUCAGCAUUGAUCGAACGUCGGUACUGCCGGGCGAGGUGUCGGACGAUUUGUGCCGCAAGAAUCCGUGCAAACACAAUGCCGAGUGCCGCAACACAUGGAACGACUAUAGUUGUAAAUGCCCGAAUGGUUACAAGGGCAAGGAUUGUCAGGAGAUUGAGUUCUGUCAGCUGGUCACCUGUCCAGGCGGCAGUAGCUGCCAGAAUCUGGACGAUGGCUACGAGUGCUUAACCAAUAUCACAUUCACUGGCCAGGAACAUUCGCCGCUAGCCUUCUCCUACUUCAAAGAGCAGCUGCCAGAUGAGAUUGGCGGCAUGGCCAAGCAGCCGCUACUGAAACCGGUAAUUGAAAUUGCAUAUCGCACACGUGCCGGUGGCACUCUGCUCUUCAUUGACAAUCAGGAUAGCUUCUUUGAAAUUGGCGUAAAUGGCGGCAGGGUCACUGUCACAUGGAAGCUGACCCAGCUGCACAUUGGUGAGUCAGGGCGCUUCGAGAAGGAGAACACGGAUGGCGAAUGGAAUCGCAUUUAUUUGCGUGCACAUGGCGGUAAACUUGAGGGCGGCUGGAAGGGUUGGGAAUCGAUGGUAGAUCCCACGCCUGGCUUCUCAACGGACAUCGAUCAGGCGGCGUUCCAGGAUCUGCUCUUCAGUAGCACCCAAGUCUAUUUGGGCGGCAUGCCAGAGUCGCGUCAAUUGCGCGGCUCCACACAAUCCUCCCAGCAGGGCUCCCAGUUCAAGGGCUGCCUGGGUGAGGCGCGCGUCGGUGAUCUACUGUUGCCCUAUUUCUCCAAUGCCGAACUCUACCCGCACACUGAGAAUGUGUCCGUGCAGCUGCAUGCACAAUUUCGCCUGAACUCGACCCGACCCGAGGAGGGCUGCAUUUUGUGCUUCCAAGCGGACUGUAAAAAUGGCGGCUACUGCAAUGCGCCCAACGAUGAAUACGCGUGCACCUGCCAGGCGGGCUACGAGGGCGAUGACUGCGCCACGGACAUCGACGAGUGCCUCAACACGCACUGCGAAAACAAUUCCACAUGCAUAAAUCAGGUGGCCAACUUCUAUUGCGAGUGCCAGCCCGGCUUCGAGGGUCGCUACUGUGAACAGAACAUUGACGAAUGCGCCGCCCAGCCAUGUCACAAUGGCGGCAACUGCACCGAUCUGAUCGCUGCCUACCGCUGCGACUGCCCCGACGAGUACACGGGUCCGCAGUGCAGUGCGCUCAAGCAGAUGACUUGCGAAAAUGAGCCUUGUCGCAAUGAUUCCACCUGUGAAAAUGGAUUUAAUGCUCAAACCGGGAAUAACUUUACAUGCACAUGCUCUACAGGAUUUGAGGGCCCACUAUGUGACAUGCCCUUCUGCGAGCUGACACCCUGCUCCAAUGGAGGGUUGUGUCUGACCACGAAUUCCAUACCAAAUUGCAAGUGCAGUCUGGGCUAUAUGGGUCGCCUUUGUGAGGAGGAGAUCGAUGAAUGUGCCUCCAAUCCCUGCAUGAAUGGUGGCCAAUGUAACGAUCUUGUAGGUGGCUAUCAAUGCAACUGUACGUCCACUGGCUUUGAAGGCGUGCACUGUGAAAACGACAUAGACGAGUGCAUCGAGAGCUUGGAGUAUUGUGGCGAUCUCGGACGCUGCAUCAACAUGCCGGGCAGCUUUAAGUGCAUUUGCCAGAAGCCCUACUGUGGCGCCUUCUGUAACUUUACCGAUCCGUGUAAUACGCUAAACAUUUGCGCCAAUGGCGGCCAGUGCGUGGAGAACUGCGGCGGCGAAGCGGAUUACUACUGCAAUUGCACCGAGGGUUUUAUGGGAAAGAACUGCACAGCGCCGAUAACGGCCAAGGAUGAUGGUCCAUCGACAACAGACAUUGCUAUUAUUGUCAUACCUGUUGUUGUCGUCCUGCUGUUGAUUGCUGGUGCACUGUUGGGCACGUUUCUGGUGAUGGCACGCAAUAAGCGUGCCACACGUGGCACCUACAGUCCCAGCGCACAGGAGUACUGUAAUCCUAGGCUGGAAAUGGACAAUGUGCUCAAGCCACCGCCAGAAGAACGACUUAUUUAGUUAGCACCAGUACCAAGCCUGAAUAUAAACAAAAGAUAUUUUACAAAAUCCGCCCAUAUAAGUACAAUGCGAUCCUGUCUUGUUGUACUAAGUUUAUCUAUAGUUAAGUUCGUCUUUAAAAGGUGCUCGCAAAGCAAUGAAUCAGGCUUCCACAGAGCAACUCUGCAGCAAUCCUCCCCCCACAGAGACACACUUAGACUUUAAUACCUACGCUUUAGUUAGUAAAUAACUCAGUUUUCUAUUUAUUAUAGCGAGUAGUUUGUAUGGCAAUCACUUUAUAGUCGUUAUAUAGUUACUGUUUAGAUUCAGUAUUCGAUGUAAACAGAAUGAACGAGUAUAUAUCUAAAAGCUGCGAACAAAGUUAUGCUGCACACAGAAACAGAAACACGAAAUUGAAAAUAGAGUUCAAAAACAAAAUAACAACAGAAUUCGAAGCAUUGCAUGCGCAAGCCCUUAAAUACGCUAAUGUACAAGAAUAUUUUGUAAAUAGGUGUGUAUGCCCGUUUUUAAACUAAAUUAGCUGAGCUAAAUAAAAUCCUACAUACCCUUGCAUGCA